AUGCUCUUCCGAGGGACCGUCUGCCGCGCCCUCGCCACCGUUCCCCGUCUCCAGCAGCAGCGCCUCUUCCUGUCCCAGACGCCGACGACGGCGACAGCCAUAAUGACCGCCAACUCGUCCGGCGACGGCACUGGCGAGGAGGGCGGCGGCGGCGGCGGCGGUGGGCACACGCUCGCCUCCCUGCCCAAGACCUGGCACUUCACCUCCUCCCUGCCCGCCGACCAGAUGUUCCCCACCCCGGCCGACUCGCACCGCACCCCGCGCGCCGACAUCCGGCCCCGGCAGGUCCGCAACGCCCUCUUCACCUGGGUCCGCCCGGAGACCCAGCAGGACCCGGAGCUGCUGGCCGUAUCCCCCGCCGCCCUGCGCGACCUCGACCUCGCCCCGGCCGAGGCCGCCACCGACGACUUCCGCCAGACGGCCGCGGGCAACAGGCUCUGGGGCUGGGACGAGGACAGGCUCGAGGGCGGCUACCCCUGGGCGCAGUGCUACGGCGGCUUCCAGUUCGGCCAGUGGGCCGGCCAGCUCGGCGACGGCCGCGCCAUCUCCCUCUUCGAGACGACCAACGGCCGCACGGGCACGCGCUACGAGCUGCAGCUCAAGGGCGCCGGCCUGACGCCCUACAGCCGCUUCGCCGACGGCAAGGCCGUCCUGCGCAGCAGCAUCCGCGAGUUCGUCGUCAGCGAGGCCCUCAACGCCCUGCGCAUCCCCAGCACCCGCGCCCUCGCCCUCUCCCUGCUGCCCCACCAAAAGGUCCGCCGCGAGACCAUCGAGCCCGGCGCCGUCGUCGUGCGCUUCGCCCAGAGCUGGAUCCGCCUCGGCACCUUUGACAUCAUGCGCGCCCGCGGCGACCGCGCCCUCAUCCGCCGCACCGCGACCUACCUCGCCGAGGACGUCCUCGGCGGCUGGGAGGCCCUGCCCCGCCGCCUGCCCAACCCGGACGACCCCGUCGACGGCGGCGGCGCCCUCGCCGAACCCCCUGCCCGCGGCGCCGGCAAGGACGAAGUCGAGGGCCCCGAGGACGCACAGGAGAACCGCUUCCAGCGCCUGUACCGCGAGGUCGUGCGCCGCAACGCCCUGACCGUCGCCAAGUGGCAGGCCUACGGCUUCAUGAACGGCGUGCUCAACACGGACAACACCUCCCCGCUCGGCCUGUCCAUCGACUUCGGCCCUUUUGCCUUCAUGGACAACUUCGACCCCUCGUACACGCCCAACCACGACGACCACUUCCUGCGCUACAGCUACCGCAACCAGCCCAGCAUCAUCUGGUGGAACCUCGUGCGCUUUGGUGAGGCCCUCGGCGAGCUCCUCGGCGCCGGCGCCGGCGUCGACGACCCGCGCUUCGUCGAGUCGGGCGUCGCCGACGACGCCGAGGGCGAGCGGCUCGCGCAGCGCGCCGAGAGCCUCAUCAUGCAGGCCGGCGAGGAGUACAAGGCCGUCUUCCUCGCCGAGUACAAGCGCCUCAUGACGGCGCGCCUCGGCCUGCGCGAGCACAGGGACGCCGACUUUGACGACCUCUUCAGCGCCCUGCUCGACGCCAUGGAGGCCCUCGAGCUCGACUUCAACCUCUUCUUCCGCCGCCUGAGCUCCGUGCGCCUCGCCGACCUGGCGGCCGAGCAGGGCCGGCGCGACAAGGCCGCCGUCUUCUUCUACAAGGACGGCGUGACGGGCAUCGGCGGCGAGGAGGAGGGCCGCAAGAGGAUCGGCGAGUGGCUGGACAAGUGGAGGGCGCGUGUCGUCGAGGACUGGGGCGAGGGCAAGGACCAAGAGCGCAGCCGCGCUAUGAAGGGCGUCAACCCUAGCUUCAUCCCUAGGGGCUGGAUCUUGGACGAGGUCAUCCAGAGGGUCGACAGGGAUGGGGAAAGAGACGUGCUCAGGAGGAUCAUGCACAUGGCUCUCCACCCAUUUGAAGACGCCUGGGAUGGCCAGACGUUCGACGGUGCCGUUUACAAAGGCGAUCGAGAGGAGGAGUUAAGAUGGACAAGCGAUGUCCCGCGGACACAGAGAGCACAGCAGUGCAGUUGCAGUUCUUGA